AUGUCUGACCUUCUGCCUUAUCUUGUAUGGGAAAAGCAAGAAGGUUACUUAUGUGCGCAGCAUUGUCUCAACGCACUUCUUCAAGGCGAAUAUUUCACAGCUGUUGAUCUGAGCGAUAUUGCUCGAGAACUUGAUGAAGCAGAAUCGGCUGCUUUGGAUAAUACAGACGAGGACAAUGAAGGAAGUGAAGCAAAAAAGAGUCAGAAUAUGGACGAUACCGGAUUCUUUUCAGUUCAGGUACUCGUCAAUGCACUGAAACUAUGGAACGUUGAUAUAAUUCCAUAUGGUUCAGAAGACUGCGUCGAUGCACGUAUUCAUCCAGAGAAUGAAAUGGCGUACAUAUGUAAUCUACACGAACACUGGUUCACUUUGAGGAAGUUUGGUAAUAGUCCUCUGCGAUGGUAUAAUUUAGACUCUGUACUAAAAGGCCCGGAAUGGAUUAGUCAAACUUAUUUAGGAAUGCUAUUGACCCAACUAAAGAAUGAUGGAUACAGCAUAUUUGUUGUGAAGGGAAUAUUUCCUUCAUGUCAAGCUGAUGACUAUGCAAUCUCCCAUCCGGAAGCUAACGAACACAAAGAAAAUAAAAAGAGCGCGGACACUGAUGAGGAAAUGCUGCAAGCUGCUAUUGCAGCAAGUCUUUUGUCACUAAGUGAGACAAAUGAUGGACAACAAGAGUCAUCCAGUUCAAGUUCAAGUCGAGUUGACAGCAACAGCCAACCAACAGCAACCACACCGCCUUCAACACUUGAAGAACUUAGAAAAAAACGACUUGCAAGAUUUGAUUCUAAUGAUGUUAAUAUUGAGUAA